AUGUCUACCAGAGAGCAUAUCCUCGAGCUUGUCAAUGAUGCCAUUGAAUCAUCACCUCACGAGCAUAUCUACGACCUUUUGCACUUUAUCUGCGGCAAAUCCUACAUUGUUCUCGACGCCGUAGCGGAGAUUCUCCUCGUCACCAUGAGCGAGAUCGAUCCGUUCGAGGAUGCCGUGCAAAAACUUGAAAAAGAGCGCAAAUAUCCCGGAAUGGUCGAGGACGAGCCUGCAACAGAGAGUGAACCCUCAAGCAAACGCACGUGGAAAAUCUAUGUGUGUAAGCGCUGGGAGACCUGUGAGGUUUGCGACGAAGAGUAUGAUGUUAGUGCGAAUACCAGUGGAAGCUGUUAUCGGCAUUCAGGUGAAAUCGAGGUUGAUGAGCACGCGGCUACCUGGGACCAUUUGGGCAGAAUUGCUGGUCCUAUCGAUACGCCAGAAAACCGCAAGAAAUACUGUGAUGGCUUUAGGUGGACGUGUUGCUAUCAACCAUCUGAUGAUUCGGACAGAUGUGAGAACGGUACCUACGCGCCAAGGGAUGCACUAAGCUGUGAUUAUACUUGUUAG